AUGACAAAAACAUGUGGCGGUGGUGGUGGUGGCGGACCAGCAGGAUUAGGUGGCCUUGGAAAUAUCCUUGGUGGUGGUGGACCUAGUGGCGGCGGUUUUCAAGGUGGUGGUCCCGGUGGCCUUGGAUUUGGUCUCGAUGGUGGUCGUGGUGGUGGCGGCGGCGGCAAUGUUCUCCAACAAUUGGGUGGUCUUGGUCAACAAGGUGGAUUCGGCCAAGGAUUGGGUCAAGGAUUAGGUCUUGGUCAACAAGGUGGUGGUGGUGGUUUUGAUCUUGGAAAUCUUGGACUCGGUAAUCUUGGCUUAGGAAAUCUAGGCGGCGGUGGAGGCGAUGGACUUGGUCUCGGUGAUCUUGGCUUAGGAAAUCUAGGCGGAGGUGGGGGUGGGGGUGGCGGUCUUGGUGAUAUUGGUGGUCUCGGUGGACUUGGAGAUAUCGGUGGUUUUGAUCCGAUCGGAUUAGUUGGCUAA